GACCUGGACAGAGAAGUCAUAUGACUUUCAUGAGUUCAAUAUGGCUCGGACGCUUGUAUUAGUUUUGUUUAUGUUGUCUGGUGUUCUGGCAGGACGAUACUUCAACAAGACGAAACCAUGCUAUCAGCCUACACCAAGGAAAACUCACUUCGGCGUGAAGACAACAGUCCGUCCUCAUGAAUUUUUAAACCUUGAAGAGCUGCCAAAGACAUGGGACUGGCGAAAUGUCAAUGGCACCAAUUAUGUGAGCACUACUCGUAACCAGCACAUUCCACAGUACUGUGGUUCCUGCUGGGCUCAUGGCAGCACCAGCGCAAUGGCAGAUCGCAUCAACAUCAAGAGGAAGGGAGCCUGGCCCUCUGCCUAUCUCUCUGUCCAGAAUGUGGUGGACUGUGGUGAUGCUGGCUCCUGUCAUGGAGGUGACCACUCUGGGGUGUGGGAAUAUGCCAACAAGCAUGGCAUCCCUGAUGAGACCUGCAACAACUAUCAGGCUAAAGACCAAAAGUGCAAACCUUUCAAUGAAUGUGGAACAUGUACUACUUUUGGGGUGUGCAACGUAAUCCAGAACUACACUCUGUGGAAAGUGGGUGAUUUUGGGUCUGUCAGUGGGAGAGAGAAGAUGAUGGCGGAGCUCUACGCUGGAGGACCCAUCAGCUGUGGGAUCAUGGCCACAGAGAAACUUGAUGCCUACACUGGGGGUCUGUACUCUGAGUAUGUUGAGUCUCCUUCUAUCAACCACAUUGUAUCUGUAGCUGGCUGGGGAGUUGAGAAUGGUGUUGAAUACUGGAUUGUCCGCAACUCAUGGGGAGAGCCCUGGGGUGAAAAGGGCUGGCUUAGAAUUGUGACCAGUGCUUACAAGGGAGGAAGUGGAAGCCAGUACAACCUAGCACUGGAGGAGGACUGCAUGUACGGAGACCCUAUUGUUCCCAAGAGCUACCUGUAGAUUAGGAAUUAUGGGGCUCAAAGGAGUUUGGACCAGAUGAUUUAACAGGUUCCCCUAAGAUUUUAAAUCUAGUAUCUUCCUAUGACAAUCUCAGGUUAAGGACUUUUGCAACAUAAUGGUCUGCACUGUGUAAAAUCACAAAGGGAAAUAUUUUUAAAAAUGUUUUAAUUCCUGCCUUGAUUGGCUUCUUAAACAUGCUGCUUUUGAUUACAUAAUGGAACAAAGUGGAUGCAAAAAAAUGCCUGGAUUGUUUAUGUUCAGCCAAAGGUUAGAUGCCUCAUUGUUUUAAUUUAGUUCCUUCAGAAAUAUUUUACUGGAACAGCCAUAGCCUCUGUCAACGGCUUAUGUGUUUUUGACUGGUGUCGUGGUUUCAUAUUCUAAUGUAGACAUUUGUCUAAAAAAAUCAGUAUUAAAUUGUUUUGAAAUAGAAAAAAAUUAUAAAUAAACCUGUGGUUUCAUACGGU